AUGGCCAGCCACACAGAAGAGAACAUCCUUGAAAAGGAUUUCAGGAUGUUAUCUCUGGGUUGUGGUUCAUUCGGGGAGGUAAAGCUUGCCUGCCACCUUCCCACACGUAUUCGGGUGACUGUCAAGGUCCUUGAGAAAAACAUCAACAGUGUGGCUGACAUCACUUCAAAGGUGGAACUCCUUCAAUCUUUAGAACACAAGAACAUUGUUCAAUUUUUUCACAUGAUUGACACACUGACAACAACUUAUCUGAUCAUGGAGUAUGUGGCUGGAGCGGACCUUGAGAAGUGCCUCAGGGCACAGGGCUGUCUGAAUGAGGAGGAGGCUAGACCUGUUUUCCAGCAGGUCGUGUCGGUGGUUCACUUCCUCCACCAAAGACACAUUGCACAUCGCAAUAUUAAAUUAGAAAACAUUCUGGUCGAUGUGGCAGGAAAUGUAAAGCUUUGUGACUUUGGUAUGGCAAUCAAAACCACAGAAGGGCAGAUGUUGGAGGAGACCUGUGGCUCUGUACACUAUCGGGCCCCAGAGAUCUUGGCAAGGAAACCCUAUGAUGGUCUGGCAGGUGAAAUGUGGAGCUUGGGCAUCGUCCUGUAUGUUCUGGUCACAGGGCACUUUCCAUAUGUGGAAUCCACCAUUGAGGAUAUGCACAGGAUCAUCACUACUACAAUGUGUCCCAUUCCUUUCCACUUGUCAAUUCCAUGUCACAUCAUCAUUGCACAGUUACUCAUGGUCCCUACCUGGUACAGGACGACAAUACAUCAGCUUGUGGAGUGACCAUGGCUCGGUUACAUUCAAGACCAUGGACUGGUUGCCACAAAAGAAAUCCUUCCCAGGAUUGUGAAUACAAUGUGCACCAUUGGCUAUACCUGUGAAGAGAUUGUGUCAUCCUUAACACAUAGGCGACUCAAAGAUGAAGUAAUGGCAACAUUUAAUAUUUUAAAAUACCAACUGAGCUCUGGGGACAGCCAUCAGCAGGUGGAGAAGCCCUGGGCAAAUGCCAGCCCUUCAGGUGCCCUUAUCGCCCUUCCCCACUUGAAGAGGAGAGCCAGUGAACCUACGUUUUCAACUUGUAUAGAAGCUAGGAAGAGUCAUUUUCAGGAUGAGGGCAUGGAAAGAAGAGGCAAGAGUUGCAGAAGUUACCCCAUACUCACCAAAUACUCCUGCAUAGAGAGGAUGCCCUGUUCAGAUGACCCAGUGCCAGAAAGUGGUGCUCUGACGGCUGACAUCACUAACAGUGCUACAGGGGAUAUUGCAGUGAACAGAAAUUCCGUGGACAGCCUGAAUGGUGAGCACGUCUCUCCAGUAUCAGCCCAGGAUGAAACAUCUCCAAGGUUUCUGAAUAUGGGCUUCUAUGCAGAAGAACCAUCCACAGGGCCAGAAACUUCCAGUGACCAGCCCCACGUUGGCCCCACAGCUUCCGGAUCUAGGUCACUCACGCCCCAUCACUGCUUGCUGGACAGAAAGGUGGGCAUAAGGAACAUCUACCUGAUGAGGCCCUUCCUCCUCAGCUUUGAGUGUGCUGUAGCACCAGUGCCCACAGCAACUAAAACAGAUGCCACUACAACCAGGAAUGACAUGUCUUCUGACAUAAGGAGCCUCAUCAUCUUGGUCACGCUAUCCCCUCCAUCUUAUUUCCUGACUGUGUUUUGGGAAGAACUUCAAGAAACAUAUUGUCUUGUCCCACAGAAACAGACACAUUAA